UGCACUGUGCGUCCGGAGAUGGACCUAAAGCUUCGCAGGUUUUCAACUUGUGUUUGAGUAUUUUUUGAAUCACUGUUUUUAUCCACUUCUUCCUCAUCUUCCUCAUCAGAGCCAGAGCGAGAGGAAGAUGGGCUGCUGCUCUGCACGAUGCAUGCUGAUCCUCCUGUGUUGUCUGCAGCUGAUCACUGCGCUGGAGAAGCAGGUGUUCGACUUCCUCGGCUACCAGUGGGCUCCCAUCAUGAUCAACUUCUUCCACAUCAUCGUGGUCAUCCUGGGCCUGUUCGGGGUCAUCCAGUACAGAUCACGCUACGUCCUCAUGUACCUGCUGUGGACGCUGCUGUGGGUCGGCUGGAAUGUGUUUGUCAGCUGCGUCUACCUGGACGUGGGCGGCCUCGCCAAGGACAGUGAUGUCCUCUCUCUGGGAGUAUCGUCACAUCGCUCCUGGUGGAAGGUCAACGGGCCGGGCUGUGAGAGCGACGGCCUGCCCUCCUCCGCUGGCUGGCAGAAAAACCAACAAAACCCCGAACUGAGCACCGUGACGAGCUGCUGGCUGGAGUACCAGUACGUCGAAGUCCUGCACUGCAUCGGCCAGCUGCUCAUAUCUCUCCCGGGAUUUGUUUAUGCCUGCUACCUCGCCAGCACUUUCUCAGAUGAGGAGGACAGCUUUAAUUUCAUUGGUGGAUUCCAUCAUCCAUCCAAACCCUCUCAGUUUCUCUUCUAGUGCAGUGCACCUGGAGUGCACCUGCAGAUUUUAAAUAACCACACAAGUAAAGUUGUUGAGGAAAGCCGAGAAGGAACCGGGCAGAACGGGGAAACGACUUGGAAGACGGUCAUCGUGAAGUUACUUCAGCCUGGAUGUCAAGAGAGGAUUUCACUGAAUAAAACGUGCAGAGCCGUUCAUGAUGCGUUUUUUAAAAUCUACCUGUGUGCAAGUGUGUGUGCAAGUGUGUGUGCAAGUGUGUGUGCAAGUGUGUGUGCAAGUGUGUGUGCAAGUGUGUGUGUGCAAGUGUGGGAAAGAAAUAGAAAUCACGGGAUAUGAAGCACUCAAAUACAAAACAAAAGUGUGAUUUGAAUAAUGUAAAUAAGUAGCUGGUUCUUUCUGAUGUUUUUAAAUUUUUUAUAAAUUAUUAAUAAUGUGUAAUUUCAGUUAGAAAAAGUGACCACUCCAACGUGUGUAGAGUAUGAUCAUUAUAAUUCUGUGAAAUAAACCAUGUUUACAAAACCGC